AUGAACGACGCCGACCACCUCCCUAAGAAUAUUCCCCCGUACACACCUAUGUCGUCUCUCGGUCACGAACUCGGUAUUCUAUUUGGGUUUCUGGCGGCUUGUUUCGUCGUGAUCGCUGUUUAUAUCGUUUUAUGGCGGGAGGGAAAAACAGUUAUCGAGCGUCGCGAAGAACAAAGAGAGCGCCUACGAAAAGAACAGUUAACCGCAAAGGGAAUCCAUCAUGGUCGCGGCGGGGUACAUGAGAAGAUGAUGGAUCGGGAUCGGAUUGCUCCGUUCGAGCGGGUGGAGCUACCCGGUGGUCAAUAUCCACAUUCCAGUGGCGACGUUGGCAUCGGCGUUGGUGGAAGCAGCAGGGCUAAUGUGACUAUGAGGAAUCUGGAGAGACGGUUGGAACGGGAGAUGGAGAUGGAGAUAUUGGGGGUGGGAUCUCGUUGA